ACAUUGCCCGGUUCCGUUUCUGACCAGUUAUCCCGUUAUUUUCCACCGACCGCCGUUCCCACUUUAUUGUCGCUUUCUUUCUCUCUGCAGUUUAAAACCCUUUACAAGCAUUCUCAGCCAGUAGUCAUUUUGUUUGCUAUUUUCACUUCUUGCCUUAUCUCCAAGUCCUCGAAGAUUUCGUUCCAAUGGCCAAGAUCAAGAUUGGAAUCAACGGAUUCGGAAGGAUUGGGAGGUUGGUAGCUAGGGUUGCUCUGCAGAGAAAUGAUGUUGAACUUGUUGCUGUUAACGAUCCUUUUAUCACCACUGAUUACAUGACCUACAUGUUCAAGUACGACAGUGUUCAUGGCCAGUGGAAGCAUCAAGAUGUGAAGGUCAAGGAUUCUAAUACCCUUCUCUUUGGUGAGCAGGCUGUUAAAGUUUUUGGCCUCAGGAAUCCUGAGGAGAUCCCAUGGGCUGAGGCGGGAGCUGAUUAUAUUGUAGAGUCCACUGGUGUUUUCACUGACAAAGACAAGGCUGCUGCCCAUUUGAAGGGUGGUGCAAAGAAGGUAAUCAUCUCAGCUCCCAGCAAGGAUGCUCCCAUGUUUGUUGUUGGAGUCAAUGAGAAGGAAUACACAUCAGAUCUUAAGGUUAUAUCUAAUGCUAGCUGCACUACCAACUGUCUUGCUCCUCUUGCAAAGGUCAUUAAUGAUAGAUUUGGCAUUGUUGAGGGCCUCAUGACCACUGUUCACUCUAUGACUGCCACCCAAAAGACCGUCGAUGGACCAUCUAGCAAGGACUGGAGAGGUGGAAGAGCUGCUUCAUUCAACAUCAUCCCUAGCAGUACUGGAGCUGCUAAGGCCGUCGGCAAAGUCCUGCCCGCAUUGAAUGGAAAAUUGACUGGAAUGGCUUUCCGUGUUCCUACCGUUGAUGUCUCAGUCGUUGACCUUACUGUAAGGCUGGAGAAGGCAGCAUCCUAUGAAGAUAUUAAGGCAGCCAUCAAGGAGGAGUCUGAGGGGAAGUUGAAAGGAAUUUUGGGUUACACCGAAGAUGAGGUGGUGUCCACUGAUUUUGUGGGUGACAACAGGUCAAGUAUUUUCGAUGCUAAGGCCGGGAUUGCACUGAACGAUCAUUUUGUGAAGCUCGUCACGUGGUACGACAACGAGUUAGGCUACAGUACUCGUGUUAUCGACCUGAUUUCUCACGUCGCAUCUGUCAAUUAAGAGAAGGAUGCCUUCAUCAAGCUUUGUUUUUCAGCAGUUCUUGAGGCUCCAUCGAUGAGUGAAUUGAGAAAUAAAAAAACGUUUUCAAGCU